AUGGUAUAUUAUGGGAUGUCUCCGCAGUGGCAGUUCGUCUCUGCCUUCAAACAGUCUCCUCGCAGGGAGGAUGACAUCAGCAUCGUUACCACGGCGAUGAAUGUCACCUUCACGCCCGGGACCUCCGUCGUCAAGGAGCUGAAGCUUAGCUACGGCGGCAUGGGACCCACCACCGUGCUGGCUGAGGCCACCGCCAGCAAGCUAGUGGGCCGCCUUUGGGGGGAGGAGCUUCUGGAGGUGGCCUGCAGCUCGCUGGCCGAGGAGAUGACCCUUGACCCAUCUGCCCCGGGGGGCAUGGUGACCUACCGGCGAACUCUGACCCUGAGCCUCUUCUACAAGUUCUACCUGACGGUCCUGCAGAAACUGGCUGCGGAGGGCGUGUCCGUCGAGGCUCUGGGUUCCGACCGUCUUUCCGCUACUGAGCUCUACCACUCAGAGACCCCCACCAGCGUCCAGCUCUACCAGGACGUCCCUGAGGGUCAGCGGCGGGAGGACGUGGUGGGCCGUCCCAUCAUGCACCUCUCUGCGCUGCAGCAGGCCACCGGGGAGGCGGUCUACGUCGACGACAUCCCGCUCUACCAGAACGAGCUCUACGUCGCCUUGGUUACCUCCAAGAGGGCCCACGCCCGCAUCCUCUCUAUAGACAGCUCUGAGGCCCAGCUGAUGCCGGGCGUGGAGGCGUGUCUGUUCGCUGACGACGUCCCGGGAUCCAACAUCACCGGACCGGCCUUCCUGGACGAGACCGUCCUGGCCCAGGACACGGUGACGUGCGUGGGCCACAUCAUCGGGGUGGUGGUAGCAGACACCCAGCUCCACGCCCAGCGGGCGGCCAGAGCGGUGAAGGUCAGCUACCAGGACCUCUCCCCCCUCAUCCUCACCAUACAGGAGGCCAUCGCCGCUCAGUCCUUCUACCAGCCAAUCAGAACGCUGCAGAGAGGGAACCUGGAGGAGGGCUUUCAACUGGCCGACCACAUCCUGGAGGGUGAGGUCCAUAUGGGCGGUCAGGAGCACUUCUACCUGGAGACUCACGUGACGCUGGCCGUCCCCGGAGAGGACGGGGAGAUGGAGCUGUUCGUGUCCACGCAGUCCACAGCCAAGACCCAGUCCCUGGUGGCCCUGGCGCUGGGCGUGCCGGCCAGCCGGGUGGUGGUGCGUGUGAAGCGGAUGGGCGGGGGCUUCGGGGGGAAGGAGAGCCGCAGUACCCUCCUGUCCACCGUGGUGGCGCUGAGCGCCCAGAGGCUCCGCAGGCCCGUCCGCUGCCAGCUGGACCGCGACCAGGACAUGGUGGCCACCGGGGGGCGCCACCCCUUCUACGCACGCUACAAGGUCGGCUUCCAGAAGUCUGGGAAGGUGCUGGCCUUGGAUGUUAGUUACUACGGAAACGCAGGAAACUCCAUGGACCUCUCUCUCUCUAUCAUGGAGCGCGCUCUGUUCCACAUGGAGAACUCCUACUCCAUCCCUCACAUCCGGGGGCGGGGCUUCCUGUGUAAGACACACCUCCCUUCCAACACGGCGUUCCGUGGGUUUGGCGGACCGCAAGGCAUGCUGGUCACCGAGAGCUGGAUGAGUGACGUGGCUCUGGAGCUGGGCCUGCCCGCCGAGAAGGUGCGCAGGGUGAACCUGUACCAGCAGGGGGAGCUCACCCCCUACGGUCAGGUCCUGGACCGGCUGACCCUGGACCGCUGCUGGGACCAGUGUCUGCAGCGCUCCCAGUACCACCAGCGGAGAGAGGCCCUGGACCAGUACAACAGCCAGAACCGGUGGACCAAGCGGGGACUGGCCAUCAUCCCCACCAAGUUUGGCAUCAGCUUCACCGCACUCUUCCUCAACCAGGCCGGUGCUCUGGUCCAUAUCUACACCGACGGCUCGGUUCUGUUGACCCAUGGAGGGACAGAGAUGGGCCAAGGCCUCCACACCAAGAUGGUUCAGGUGGCCAGCAGGGUUCUGGGCGUGGCCAGCUCUCAGAUCCAUGUGUCUGAAACCAGCACCAGCACGGUGCCCAACACCAGCCCCACCGCCGCCUCCGCCUCCUCCGACCUCAACGGCGCCGCAGUGAAGAACGCGUGUGAGGUCCUCAGGAAGCGUCUGGACCCCUACAGGACCCAGAACCCCAAAGGGUCCUGGGAGGACUGGGUCAAAGCUGCUUACUUCAACAGAGUCAAUCUGUCUGCUAAUGGCUUCUACAAAACUCCUGAUCUGGGCUAUGACUUUGAGACGAACUCCGGACGUCCGUUCAACUACUUCAGCUACGGAGUGGCCUGCUCUGAGGUGGAGGUGGACUGUCUGACCGGCAGCCACAAGAACCUACACACAACCAUCGUGAUGGAUGUCGGGAACAGUCUGAAUCCUGCAAUCGACAUCGGCCAGGUGGAGGGGGGGUUCUUGCAGGGCGUGGGUCUCUUCACCCUGGAGGAGCUGCGCUACUCCCCCCAGGGGGCGCUGCUCACCCAGGGGCCCGGGACCUACAAGAUCCCGGCCUUCGGGGACAUCCCGUCCCAGCUGGUGGUCUCCCUGCUGAGGGACGCCCCCAACGACAAGGCCGUCUACUCCUCCAAGGCGGUGGGCGAGCCGCCCCUGUUCCUGGCCGCCUCGGUCCUGCUGGCGCUGAAGGACGCGGUGGUGGGGGCCCGCUCGGAGGCCGGCCUCUCGGGGCCCUGCAGGCUGGACAGCCCCGCCACCCCGGAGAGGGUCCGGCUGGCCUGCCAGGACCGCUUCACCGCACUGUGUCCACCGGCCGAACCUGGGACCUUCCAUCCCUGGGAUGUCCGGGUGUAGGACGCCUGCCUAGCCGCCUACCUCCUAGCUCCUACCUCCUGCCUCCUACCCUCCUCCCUCCUCCCUCCUCCUCGCUCCGACCCUCCUUCUUACCUCCCUCCUCCCCUCCUACCUCCUACCCUCCUUGCUACCCUCCUACCUUACUCCCUCCUACCUCCUACUUCCUACCUCUUACCUCCUCCCUCCUACCCUCUUCCCUAUAUAUUAAUCUAUCUUUAUCUAUCUUACAGCUAUUGAUCAAUCUAGCUAUGUGUUUACCAUAUGUAUCUUUAAAUUGAUAUAUUGAUCAAUCUAGCUAUGUGUUUACCAUAUGUAUCUUUAAAUUGAUAUAUUGAUCAAUCUAGCUAUGUGUUUACCAUAUGUAUCUUUAAAUUGAUAUAUUGAUCAAUCUUAUCAGUACAUAGAUUGUCUCUGGACCUCUCUUGAUAGAUAUCCUAUCGACCGAAUCACACGUCCUGUUCAGUCUAGGAAGGCAUCAGAGCGUUAAAGACUUGAUAUCGGUCAAUAAAAGAUCUUUCAUGAUU